AUGUCUCCCAACAGUGCAGUCUCCUGUAGUUCGGUGUUAGUUGUGAUCAUAGUUCUAUUAGUGGAAAUAACCACUUAUACAUGUGGCGAUGUCGAUCAAAUGGUAGAUGCUAAAAUUCCAGACGACAAUUACCACCAAUAUCAACAGGGAACGAAGAAGAACUUCGCGUUGUGGUUUGGACCACGACUGGGCCGAAGAAAAAGAAACUUUGAAGAUGAAGCACGAGUCGCAGAAGAGUUUCAGGAGGCCAUGAAACUACUAAAAGAACGACCUUGGAUCAUUAUUGCAAUAGAUAAGAAAGUUGAUGAUUAUACACCACGGCUCGGAAGGGAAUCUGGGGAAGAAAAAAGGGAAGAACUGUCGACGCCGCCAUUUGCCCCUAGACUAGGACGACGACUCUUACCGUUCAAUCCCAGACUUGGGAGAGGAAAUUAUUUAUUUUAA